AUGGUCUCAAGGUCACAAAAUGGCUACAAAGUACGUGUUUUGGAAGCCCCAACGGGGUCCAAAACAGUUGCCGGCUUUUACGCCAGCGAUUAUCGGCUGGAGCACAAUCGAUGGAUCGCUGAAAUGAUUUUGCUCAAACGUAGAAAAGUAAUUUUUUACGUCAGACAGGAAGUCAACUGGAUGGGACAUCGUACUCUACCGGUGGACACGCUGCUGGAAGCAUCCCAGAUACCAUCUGCACCUCUCGGUCCUCCCCCCGCCCUGAUACUACGUAUGAUGUAUUUUAAGCGAGCUAAUACUCACUGUAAGGCCAAACUCGAUCUACCGCCACAAGUCUUCGAGGGGUACGGUUCAACAGAGACUCUGGGCUCCCUCUCCUCGGCAAAUGCCAGUGACCGCGAAGGUGGACACGUCGGUGCUCCAGCGCCUGGUCUUAAGGUCAUAUUGGCGGACAUCCCUUCGAUGGGCAUCGUAGCUGAGCGUGACAACAAGGGCGAAAUUUGCGUGAAGGGGCCAAGCUGUACAUCCGGGUACUUUAAGGAUCCGGACAACACCGCCAAAUUAUUCGACUCCGAAGGCUGGAUGCAUACUGGUGACGUGGGGAUUUGGACGGAGAAAAACAGUCUAAGAAUCGUGGAUCGCUGUAAGCAUAUAUUCAAACUCUCUCAGGGUGAAUACGUAGCCCCCGAGAAAAUUGAGUGGGUCUACUUGGAAAGUCGUUUCGUGAGUCAGGUGUUCGUGGACGGUGACACGGAACAAGCUUACCCAGUUGCCAUAGUUGUCCCCGAGGUUGAAACUCUGGUACAGCAUAUCAAUUCGAAGGCGGGAUCAGAGAUAGCCAAUGGCGACAGCUCCAAGGCCAAACUCCUCAAUGGCUAUGCUCGUCCUCAAAAUGGAGGCGAUGUGAAUGCCUCUGGAGAACAAGCUCCUCCUUCUGUCACUGCUGCAACCGUCGAUAACACCACUUUUGUGGUUCAUGGCACCCGGAUGACCAUAGAAGAGUUGUGUGAUUAUGAACCCGCGAUUAAAGCGGUGCUUGAUGAUCUCAGUGCACUCGGAAAAGCUCGUGGACUGAAGGGCUUCGAACAGGUUAAGGCCAUUCAACUCUCACCGGCGCCUUUCACAAUUGAGAACGGAAUGCUGACACCCACACUGAAAGCUGCUCGUGAGAUCAUUCGACGUCAAUUCAGAUCCGCUAUCAAGGCCCUCUACCAACCAUACACUAAGAUCUCAGUGCCGCCGCAUUUAGCCUGUUUUUCUGGGUUUGAGCCUCUCGUAAACCGUAGCACCACUUGA